AUGCAUCAAUUUCGCAAGAGCACAUCUGUGCCUCGACAGGAGAGGCAGAAGAACCCCAAUCGGUGCAGACCAAAAUCCAAAGGAGGCUGCCUACGAUGCAAGCAGCGGCGACGCAGAUGUGAUGAGACUAAGCCCAGCUGCCAGGAAUGCUCGAGAAAGGGGUUUACAUGCCCCGGAUAUCAAAAAAAGCCUCUUGAGUGGCGCUAUGUCUUUAAAGAGGGAGAGACGCAAGACGAAGAACAAGUAAUUCUCUCGCUGUCGGAAGAAUCUCCACCACCAUCUGUUCCCGGGACGCAAAAUCCUCACAGCGAAGAGAGCCAGACCGCCGAAGCUAGCCAGAACAAUGGGCUACAAGAGCUGUGGGACGAAGCCAGCUCAACGCUCUUCGACCAACUACCGGAUAUUGACCCAUCUGACGGGAUAUGUUCAAAGCUGGAGUCCAUAUCAAAUAAUAUAGCUACCAUCAAGGAUGCAGUAGAGUCAGAUGACAGCCUGGUCAUUCUCCGUCGCCGCCUGGCAAACACCACAAUACCAUCAUUUCUGAUUCAAAUGCCAGCUAUCCUGGUACAAUACUAUUUUGAUUACGUGUGCAAGGCAUGGUCAUCUUUUGACUCGCCUUUAAAUCCAUUUCGACUCAUAGUCAGCCGCCUUUGGAGUCGGAACGCGGCGAUCUACUAUGCUAUCCAAAGCAUGGCAGCAGCAUCGCUAGCCAACGACUUUCCAGGCAUGAGGGCGAUUGGAAGACAAACUCAGCAGCAAGCAAUUGCAUGCCUUCGAAAUAACCCACGGAUUGGUACUUUGCAUCGAGAUAACCAAGACGACGAGUUCUUCCUGGCUCUUCUCAUGAUUGGAUUGACUACAGCGUGGCACAACGCCGCCGAUCUGGGGCUGGAAUAUCUGAAGGAGGCUAAGGAUCAUCUCAUCAAGCAGCAGAAGAUGUGUCAGAGCCCCAAUUCUGUAUUUGCCAAACAAUACCCACUAUUUCAACAGUGUCUACUAUACUGGAACAUGUUGGCUGCAUUUGUCGCGGAAGAUUCUCUACUUUUGAGUGAAGAGAGCGUUCUCGAGCGAACCGACCCGGAAACCUCCGUAUACCUGAUUGACGGCCAGGCUCUUCCACACCCAUGGACGGGCCCGCUUUCCAAAGCGCUAAGGCUAUUCUAUCAAAGUGCGCGGGUGGUUCGAGCGGCACGAAUAUCUCAUCGCACACGCGUUGACAAUAUUGACUUGGUAACCUUCGAUUUUGACAAUUUGGUUAAAGAGAUCGAUCUGCGGCAGAAAGCCGAACGCCUGGAAGAGGAUAUACUGUUCACAGGGCUGUCAUCAUACUGUGGACCGGUGGACAUUGGUGACACAAAUACGCCUCCUUCCCAUUUUAUAAUUUUGGCGGAGGCUUAUCGCUGUGCUGGGCUCUUGCAAAUUUAUCAUGUCUUCCCCGACAUUCUUGAGGAUCGAUUAUGUCUUAAUAAGAGACCCGGGGCAAACACACCAGCUCUGUUUUCAGUCCUCCUACCUGCAGACUCUCCUGUCCGAUCUGGGGAGGAUACACGCCGUGUCUUGGCUGUACACAUUGUGUCACUUCUCGACCAACUUCCUUCUACAUCGGGAACCCGCUUCAUGCAGCUUGUGCUUUUGACUUGCAUUUCUAGCGACCUUGUGUUUUCCAAUGAAUCGGUUUUUGGACCCGGAGCGAACCCUCUCGCUUGCCUGAACACUCUAGACGUUGAUGUUGCCCAAGGGAGGCGCAGAGUCAAUACCCGGCUGUCGGAGCUUACCUUGAUUGUUCCAAAGCUACCAAUGCAACGCAUAUCAGGAAUCGUGCAUGAAGUUUGGGAUAGAGCAGAUUCGGGAAUGGGAGUAUAUUGGCUGGACUUGAUGGUUGAGAGAAGUCUUGAAACGAUCAUGGGAUGA